GGACAGAUGGGGGGAUGUGCCGUAAAUAAAAAUAGUGUUAAAAAUUUUGUGUUAAUGACUAAUUUACAGUUAUUUUGAAUCACCAAAAAGACUUUAUCGAAGAUGUUUAAAUUACUAAGUCGCCAGGGGUGCAGGAGUGCGGUGAAACAGAUUUUGUUCUGUGAAAAAUUUGAGGUUAGAACAGCGAAGGUUUAUUACCUUUAUUCUUCAGCUAACACCGUGAGGUUUGCAUCUUCAGGCAGCGGAGAUGCAGGAAAAUCAGUUCCCGUCGUUGAGAAUAUUCCAGAACCGCCACCUGUGCCCGACCUAUCGACAUUUAAUGAGAUGACUGAGACCGUACAAAGUUUGUCUGCAAACGGAGAACCUACAUUUGCGAGCUUGGGUCUUGGUGGCUGGAGCCCUGUUGGCUUGGUGCAAAACUGUCUAGAGUACCUCCAUGUCACAAUGGACAUACCGUGGUGGGGAACCAUUCUAAUCGGCACACUUUUUGUAAGAGUAGCCAUGUUCCCCCUUGUUAUAAUGUCACAACGGAAUUCAGCAACACUGAACAAUCAUCUGCCGGAAGUUCAGUUACUGCAAAUGAAAAUGACCCAGGCACGGCAGACUGGAAAUCAGCUGGAAGCGGCACGUUAUGCACAAGAAAUGAUGUUAUUUAUGAAGGAAAAGGGUUUAAAUCCUUUGAAAAACAUGAUUGUACCAUUAGCGCAGGCGCCUUUAUUUAUUUCUUUCUUUAUGGGCUUAAGAGGCAUGGCUAACUGUCCGGUUGAGAGUAUGACUCAUGGAGGAUUGUGGUGGUUUGUAGAUCUCACAGUACCAGACCAAUAUUUCUUACUUCCGUUGAUCACAAGUGCUACUAUGUGGGCAACAAUAGAGCUUGGUGUGGAUGGAGGUCGGCUAGAUGCACAGAAUAUGCAGUUAAUGCGAUACUUUUUACGUGCAAUCCCUUUGAUCAUGAUCCCAUUCACUAUCAAUUUUCCGGGAGCUAUCCUUGUCUAUUGGUGCUCUAGUAAUUUUAUUUCUCUGGCACAAGUAGGCAUCCUCAAAGUGCCAGCCGUCAGAGAGUAUUUCAAGAUCCCAUUAUUAUUGAAACACAAUCCUGCAUCUUUGCCUAUAAAGAAGAAGGGUUUUGUUGAUGGAGCCAAGGACUCUUGGACAAACAUUAAGAUUUCAAGAGAACUGGCAGAAAGACAGCGAAUAGACGAAAUGAUCUUUACUAAGGCAGGCAAAGGACCACUGCAGAAAACAUAUAAGUUUGAUCCCACUAAGUUAACAAAUAUCCAAACGAAACCUAAGUAGGGUUUAAAUUGUUUUAAUACAUAUUGUAAUUAUAGAAUGUA